AACUGCAACAGGACAUAUCAAGUCUAUAUAUAUACAACAUUGAAGCAAACGCAGCAUUCCUUCUUUAAGAAAAGUUUCAGUUUUAAGCUAUAUUUGUGUUUGACAGAGAGCAUUAGUCUUUGUGAUGGAGGAGGUGGUGGAAUUGAAUGUUAGCCCAGUAACAACAAGGCCAGGGAUAAAAAGUCAGGCUAUAGCGGCCCCUCCAUUUCGACUCCAUUGUCCUUCAAUGUCUCGAUCACCGUCACUUGAUUCUGCCCCUAAAACCCCCAGAAGCUCAUUCACUUCACGUUUAAUGACUCCGAUAUCCAGCCCCAUGAAGAAGGCAAUUACAAACAUGCAAGGUUACUUGGAAGAAGUUGGCCAAUUCACAAAACUUGAGCCCCAGCAAGGUCAGGACGCUUGGCUUCCCAUCACCGAAUCUAGGAAUGGCAACGUUUACUACUCAGCGUUUCACACUCUGAGUUCAGGCAUCGGAGUUCAAGCUCUUAUUCUUCCUCUAUCUUUUGUUACCCUUGGUUGGACUUGGGGAAUUGCAUGUCUAUCCUUGAUCUUCCUGUGGCAGUGGUACACUUUGUGGUUACUGAUUCAGAUGCAUGAAUCGGAGUCUGGGAUACGUUACAGCAGAUAUCUCCGUCUUUCAAUAACUGCUUUUGGUGAAAAGCGAGGGAAGCUGCUAGCUCUCUUUCCGAUUAUGUAUCUAUCGGGUGGCACUUGUACAAUCCUGAUUAUGAUAGGAGGUGGGACGAUGAAGAUAUUUUUCGAUAUCAUGUGUGGGGACACAUGCCUCGUAACUCCUCCGACAGCUGCAGAGUGGUACUUGGUGUUCGCUUGCGCAGCCAUUAUUUUGGCUCAGCUUCCCAAUUUAAACUCAAUAGCUGGAGUUUCCCUAAUUGGAGCUAUCACAGCCGUUAGUUACUGUACAGUGAUAUGGGUUGUGUCCGUCGUCAAAGGGAAGCCCCCGGGCGUAUCCUAUGAUCCACGGGAGGCAAAUUCUGACAUGGCCAAGCUUUGCAAUAUUCUCAACGCACUUGGGAUAAUCGCCUUCGCUUUCAGGGGCCACAAUCUUGUUCUGGAAAUACAGGGAACCAUGCCUUCUAGUUCAAAGCACCCAUCCCGAGUGCCGAUGGGGAGAGGAGUAAAUUUUGCAUAUUUGAUUAUUGCAGCGUGUUUGUUUCCGCUUGCAAUAGCUGGCUAUUGGGCUUACGGAAACUUGAUACCUGAAUCUGGAAUGUUGGAUGCCUUGUACAAUCACCACGGAAAUGACACAUCCAAAUUGCUGACGGGGUUAACAAGCUUAUUUGUAGUGAUCAACAGUCUUAGCUCAUAUCAGAUUUAUGCUAUGCCAGCAUUUGACAAUAUGGAAUUCAGAUAUACUAGCAAAUUUAAUAAACCAUGUCCAUGGUGGCUCCGCACAGGGAUCAGGGUCUUCUUUGGAAGCUUUACAUUCUUUUUAGCAGUAGCACUGCCAUUCUUGCGCGACUUGGCAGGACUAAUUGGAGGAAUCGCAUUACCUAUCACAUUAGCAUAUCCAUGUUUCAUGUGGAUACAAAUCAAGAAGCCCCCGAAAUAUGGUGCAAUCUGGUCCCUUAAUUGGAUCUUAGGAGUCUUGGGAAUGGUUCUCAGUAUUUUAGUGGUGAUUGGAGCAACAUGGAGUAUAGUUACAAUGGGCUUAGAAAUUCACUUCUUCAAGCCCCAAUAAGCAAGCAGCCACAAGAAUUCUUGGCGAAUUCUGUAACCAGUGCAUAGCCUCGUAUGCUCAGCAAUCAUUUACGUCAUGAAGCCUGAAAUUCAGCGAAAAGUGACACAACUGUAUAUCUAAUAUUAGUAUAUUACACUAGUGCUGUCUUUCUCGCUUGAUGCA